AUGGACAUCAAGACCAUCAUUGUCCGUGCUAAUCAGAAGCCGUGGCUGACAGGGGAGCUCUACAGGCUCCUGAAGUUAAAUGACUUCUUCAGCCCCUUUGAGGCAAACAACGGCACCCCUGCACAGAAGACACCAUCUCCUCCUGGUGACCAGGUGCUGACGCUGUCCACGGAGAGUGUGCGGAGAGUCUUCAGCAGGAUCAAGGCACGCAAAGCUCUGGGUCCUGACAACAUACCUGGUCGUGUACUGAGAGACUGUGCUGGGGAACUCACGGAUGUCUUCACAGACAUAUUCUACAUCUCCCUGAGGUUUGCAAAUGACACAACUGUGGUGGGUCUUAUCAGCAACAAAGACAAGACAAACUACAGGAGUGAGGUGAGCAGCCUGGCAAGAUGGUCCAGUGCCAACAAUCUUCUUCUGAAUGUGGAGAAGACAAAGGAGAUUGUUGUAGACUUCAGGAGAGAGCACACCCAGCAUGCUCCCCUACACAUCAACGGUGCGGCUGUGGAGAGGGUCAGCAACACCAAGUUCCUGGGAAAUGUGUUUGUGGUGAGCCUGGCGUUUGCUGAUUUGGUGGUUGCGUUCUACCCCUACCCUUUGGUGUUGUAUGCUAUCUUCCAUGACGGCUGGUCGGUGGGUGAGACCAACUGCAAGGUGAGUGGCUUCCUGAUGGGCUUGAGCGUCAUUGGCUCCAUCUUCAACAUAACAGGAAUUGCCAUCAACCGUUACUGUUACAUCUGCCAUAGCUUCAGCUAUGACAAGCUCUACAGCUACCGCAACACACUGCUGCUGGUGGCACUCAUUUGGUUGCUGACAGUUGUCGCCAUUGUACCCAAUUUCUUUGUUGGCUCACUGCAGUAUGACCCACGCAUCUACUCAUGCACAUUUGCACAGACAGUCAGCACAUCAUACACCAUCACAGUGGUGGUCAUUCAUUUCUUUAUACCGAUCACUGUGGUGACCUUCUGCUACCUUCGUAUCUGGAUCCUAGUCAUCCAGGUGAGGCGGAAGGUGAAGUCAGAGGUUCGUCCUCGCAUUAAGCCUAGUGACCUGAGGAAUUUUAUCACCAUGUUUGUAGUGUUUGUGCUGUUUGCAAUUUGUUGGGCACCACUCAACUUUAUCGGUCUUGCUGUUGCUAUUAAUCCUGAAGCUGUGGCACCUCGCAUCCCAGAGUGGCUCUUUGUUGUCAGCUACUUCAUGGCUUACUUCAACAGUUGCCUUAAUGCCGUCAUCUAUGGCCUGCUGAACCAGAACUUUCGAAGAGAGUACAAACGAAUCAUCAUGUCUGUAUGGAUGCCACACCUCUUCUUCCAGGAGACAUCACGGGGGGGUACUGAGGGCAUGAAAAGUAAACCCUCUCCGGGACUCAACAACAAUGAGCAAGUGAAAGGAGAAACUCUGUGA